CUCGUCCGAGUAUAACUCGACGCCAAGAGCACUUUUUAUGUGGUACGCCCCAAUCAAUUUGGUGGCUAGAGACCAAUAAAGUUGAUUUUCUCGACUUGAGAGGCGGUACCAGUCGACCUCCUUUAUCGAAGGGCGACCUCCUUUAUCGAAGACGACUCACCAGGAGUCCACCGACCAUUUGACUAACGUCUCACGAGGACGACUCGAAAUGUGUUACUUCUCGGCGAAAUUAGAUGAUAACUUCUGGUUCGAGCUUAUCCUCGCUAAUAACUUGUCCAUGUCGCAUUUAAUAUUUAUCAUGCAUCAUCAUGCCUCUUGCCUCAAUUGUCUUUAUGACUCAUCGGACCACGUGGGUCACCGCCAUACUCCAUCUCACUUCUCAUUUAAUGCUGAGGAGAUCCUCCCUCCAGUCGCCAACCGACACCUGUAAAGCAUAGGCUGACUCAGCUGUCAGCCUGCACUUUGUCACCGCCCUCCUGUGCUUGAUCGAAGUGACUAAUCUACCCUUUAUGUGCCAAGUAUAAAUACAAGUAUUAUUCUAACACGAAAGGGGUUCGCAAAUCUAAUCCUCUUACACAUACACUGCACAAUUACAAGAACAUAGUUCUUCCUUCACCCCAUAAAAGGAUCAACUAACUUGAUCGUUGGAGGUAUAACGGGGGAACCAAUCCCCGCCCUCUCACGAAUUUCUGUAUGUGCAGAUUGUUCAGUGCUCCUACUCAAGAACCAGUCAUAAAGUCAGAGAAGAAAGGGGCCUCUCUUCAGUACUGAACAAACCGAUCAUAGCCUGGAUUAAACUGUGUGAUCAUAUUAACCAUCAACAACAACUUGUGCCUUAUAGGAAGUACUCCUACAGCCAGUAGCAUCCAUAGGCCAUCAUGAAACUUUGCAGCACUUAUUAUCAUCGGAAUAACUAUUUAACCCUCUGAAAGCAUCCAUUAGCUGAUCCUGAUAGUUACUUGCUGUUCCUUUCUUCUAAUGCAGCAAAGCCUCUACUUCUCUCGCUAGCGCUUCCAAUUUUGCUCUCUCUCUCUCUCUCUCUCUCUCUCUCUCAUAUUACCCACAAAGUUUUCGAGUUUGGGAUUGCAACUAUGAGGAUAUUGAGCUGGGUACAAAACAAGCUCAGUGGAAAACAAGAAAAGAAGAGAUUUGAUGUUGGUUCUUGUUCGUCUCGUCGCACAUCUAUUCCUGAUGAUCGCAAAGAAGAAUUCAGCGAUUGGCCUCAAUCGUUGCUUGCGAUAGGAACUCUCGGUAACACUGACCUUAGCGAAGAGGCACAAAGACCUAAUUCUUCGGAGGACUCACAUUCAUCUAAAGAGUUAGACUUCUCUCUUGAAGAAGUAAUCAAACUACAGAAAGAACUAACAAAAUUAUUGUCACGCAAGCCAAAGUCUAGCGUAGAUGGGUCAGAAACAGGAGGGGAAAGAGCUAAUCUUCCAUUGAAUAGAUUUCUAAAUUGCCCAUCAAGCUUGGAGGUCGAUCGAAGAGAUUGUGCUAAGUUUUCAGAUGAUCAGGAGAGUGGAGAGAAUAACGGCGACCUGUCACCUGAUAGCAGGAUUAUAUUAAGUAAAGCCAAGGAUAUAUUAGCAGACAAACGUAAUGCAAUUAAGCAGAAAUCAUUGUCAUUUCUUCUUAAAAAGAUGUUUGUCUGUAGUAGUGGAUUUACUCCGGCUCCAAGCUUAAGGGAUCAACUUUCAGAGACAAAGAUGGAGAAGUUAGUGAGGAUUUUACUUCAAAAGAAGAUACACCCUCAAAGUUCUGCAGCAAUAUUCGCAAAAAAGUACUUGGAGACAAAAUCAGUGGGAAAAUUGGAAUACAAAGACAAGGCACAAGAGAAGGAAGAAGAUGGAUCUAAAUGGGUCAAGACUGAUUCUGAUUUUAUUGUUUUAGAGAUCUAGCCGACCAUACAUACAACUUGAAAACUUUCCAAGGGAUGAAAAUUCUCCAAAUUCAAUAUAUGACAGUGCUCACAAGAACAUGCUUCACAGGGAACUGCUAGAUCAAGAGACAAGUUUAUCUUACCUUGCUCGUGUCGAAGCACUUCGACAGGCAUAAAUGUCCUAUGAGUUCCCAAUAUGUUCACUGAAUUUAUUUUAGAGUGGCCACAAAUAUGUAAUAUAUGUCCACUGCUGAAUUAACGAUGUCGUCGAGUGUCUUUUUUUGGGAAUAUGCAACGUACCUCAUGUCCCAUUUUUUUUAGCAGCAGAUCAUGAAUCGUUGACAUAAAUUAUUAAAUGUGAAGCUAUCAAAUGAAAUA